GGCUGCGGGACACCGGCGCCCAGAAGCCGCAGCACGAGAGGCCAGGCCUGGGGCUCAGCCGAUCUCCACGCGGCCGGCCCUGUCCUUUUGCUGCCACCGCCGCGACUGCGCCCGCGGGAAACUUUGCCCCGCCAAGUCCUCUGCCCUCCUGGCCACGCCGUGAUAGUUCACCUAGCGGCCCCCGGGGCCCCGCACAGCGCGCGUGAUUGCCGCCCCGCCCCGCACAGUGCGUCCACGGCGCCGGGCCGCCAGGAUGCGCUACGCAGACCCCUCUGCCAACAGGGAUUUGUUGGGGAAUCGAACUUUGCUCUUCAUCUUCAUCUGCGCCUUCGCCUUGGUGACCUUGCUUCAGCAGAUCCUGUACAGCAAGAGCUACAUCAAGAGAGGCUUCCAGUUCGGCUGGCAGAGGGGCGACCGACAGGCCAAUUGGACUGGGCUCUUUAAUGACAGCGACAGCCCAACAGGACAGAACAUCAGUGACUCAAGCUCCAGGUACUUCGAGUUUUACAAGGAGCCUUUAGAAUUUAACUCCACGAGAUGCCUGGAGCUGAGGCAGGAGAUCCUGGAGGUGAAGGUGCUGUCCAUGGUGAAGCAGUCCGAACUGUUCGAAAGGUGGAAGAGCCUCCAGAUAUGCAAAUGGGCAAUGGACGUCACGGAAGCCAACCUCUUCAAGUCCACCUUGUCCAGGUGCUGCAAUGCCCCCAGCUUUCUCUUCACCACCCAGAAGAACACCCCAGUGGAGACGAAUCUCAGGUAUGAGGUGGAGUCCAGUGGCUUAUAUCACAUCGACCAGGAGAUCUUCAAAAUGUUUCCCAAGGAAAUGCCCUACUACCGCUCUCAGUUUAAGAAGUGUGCUGUGGUGGGCAAUGGCGGCAUCUUGAAGAACAGUGGCUGCGGGAAGGAGAUCAACAGUGCUGACUUUGUCUUCCGGUGCAACCUGCCGCCCAUCUCAGGGGUGUAUACCACAGAUGUGGGAGAGAAGACAGAUGUAGUCACCGUGAAUCCCAGCAUCAUCAUUGACAAGUUCCACAAGUUGGAGAAGUGGCGGCGGCCCUUCUACAGCGUGCUGCAGAGGUAUGAGAAUGCCUCGGUGCUGCUGCCAGCCUUCUACAACGUUCGCAACACCCUGGUGUCCUUCCGAGUCAAGUAUAUGCUGGACGACUUCCAGUCUCGGCAGCCAGUCUACUUCUUCCACCCGCAGUACCUGAGCAGCGUGUCGCGCUACUGGCUCAGCCUGGGCGUGCGCGCAAGGCGAAUCAGCACCGGCCUCAUCCUGGUCACUGCGGCCCUGGAGCUCUGCGAGGAGGUGCACUUGUUCGGUUUCUGGGCCUUCCCCAUGAACCCCUCAGGCUUCUUCAUCACACACCAUUACUAUGACAACGUCAAGCCCAAGCCCGGUUUCCAUGCUAUGCCCUCGGAGAUCUUCACCUUCCUGCGCAUGCACAGCCGCGGCAUCCUCCGCGUGCACACAGGCACCUGCAAUUGCUGCUGAAAUCCAGGCCACACACCAGGUGUCUCAGCUCCUGUCCUUCUCCCUGAGAUCUUCAUUGACCCUGCCAUUAUGGCUGCUGCCACUCCCUAAGGAUUUAGGGUUUGUGUUUGGGUCCUGGGGAGGGAGACAGGGAGACUUUCAUUUAACAGGAUAGAGCACAGAUUCGGAUCUCAUUCAGACCUUUGGCUGCCCAAGUUUCAUAUGGGGAAACUCAGCCAUGAAGCACCAUCUAGAAUCUCACAGCUCAGAGGCCAUUCCUUCCAGGGAACAAACAGUGUGAGUGUCCUGGUCACACCACCUGGCUGAGCUCAAAAGACUUCAGGGAUAUCUAAUCAAAACCGGUGUUAGCUUAUCCCCAAGAGUCUAGGAGCUGAGAGCCAUGCCCCUUAAAACAGCUCUUGGACACACACAGCCUUAGUGCCUCUAGGUUCCAGCCUGCAUUUAACCUUUGACAACAAGGAAAUAAACCAGACCAGCCAUUUGCACUAAGAUCUUCAAGCCAAUGUUAUCGACUCAGUAAGUGCUUAGCAAUUUGCUUCCUGUUCUGUCUUCCUAUUUUCAGCUCCAUUUUAAUCAGGAGUUAUUUAUAAAGAUCGGUUCCUCUUUAUGUCCCUGAAGA